AAAAAACGAUUCAAGCAGGAAACGACGUCGUAGUGUUCUCGUCCAUCGUCUGCACUUGCAGUGCCAUGUGAAUCUCGGUUUUGUUUAAGCUUUAAACUCGCUUCGCUCUCAGAUCUCGCUUCCCCAUUUCUGUCACUUCUGAGUCUUCCAUUUCCAACUUGGCGAAACAAUGGCGAGUCGCCUCGCUCUCGUUCUCUUGUUCACCACUCUCCUCCUCUUCUCUGCCAUCUCUCCUUCUCUCUGCAAGCCCGAGAAAAGCGACGCCGUUGAUGACGACGAUGAAGAUCUCAGUUUUCUCGAGGAGUCCGAUGACUCUGCUCGAAACAAGGCUGCACACCACUACCCUGACGCGGAUCAUUCAGAGGAAGAAGACGGAGUUGACGAGGACGAUCUGGAUAACUUCUCGGAUUUCGACGAGUCAGAAUCGGAUCUGUACCAGCAGCCGCAGGUGGACGAAAAGGACGUCGUCGUUUUGAAGGAGAGGAACUUCAGUGAUUUUAUUGAGAACAACAGGUUCGCCAUGGUGGAAUUCUACGCUCCGUGGUGCGGACACUGCCAGGCGUUGGCUCCGGAGUAUGCGGCGGCGGCUACGGAGCUCAAAUCGGAGGGCGUGGCGCUGGGUAAGGUUGACGCCACCGAAGAGAACGAGCUGGCUCAAGAGUACGAUGUGCAGGGAUUCCCUACCGUCUACUUCUUCAUCGAUGGCGAGAAAAGGCCUUACACUGGCGCUAGGACCAAGGAUGCAAUAGUGACCUGGAUUAAGAAGAAGAUCGGUCCUGGGAUCUACAAUAUAACCGCCGUGGAUGACGGCGAACGCAUACUCACUUCCGAAAGCAAAGUUGUUUUGGGCUAUGUGAACUCCCUUGUGGGUGUUGAGAGUGACCAACUUGCGGCUGCUUCAAGAGGUGAAGAUGAUGUCAACUUCUAUCAAACUGUGAAUCCUGAUGUGGCAAAGCUUUUCCACUUCGAUCCUGAAGUGAAACGCCCAGCUUUGAUUUUGCUGAAGAAGGAGGAACAGAAAAUCAGCUAUUUUGAUGGUGAUUUUGUUAAAUCAGCCAUAGCUGACUUUGUUUUUGCCAACAAGCUUCCUCUGGUUAACAUUUUUACCAGGGAAAGUGCCCCUUCAAUUUUUGAAAGUCCAAUCAAGAAACAGAUCUUGUUGUUUGCCACAUCAAACGACUCAAAGAAGAUUCUUCCUGAAUUUCAAGAAGCAGCCAAAUCUUUUAAGGGAAAGCUUGUCUUUGUAUAUGUGGAGCUUGAUAACGAGGACUAUGGAAAACCUGUUGCUGAUUAUUUUGGUGUUACCGGGGAUGGUCCAAAAGUUCUUGCGUACACAGGAAAUGAUGAUGCUAAAAAGUAUACCCUUGAUGGGGAAGUGGCAUUUGAAAAAAUUAAGGCAUUUGCUGCGGAUUUCUUGGAAGAAAAGCUUAAACCUUUCUAUAAGUCAGAUCCAAUUCCUGAAACUAAUGAUGGGGAUGUGAAAAUAGUAGUGGGGAAUAAUUUCGACGAAAUUGUCCUGGAUGAGUCCAAGGAUGUCCUUCUUGAGAUCUACGCACCCUGGUGUGGACAUUGCCAAGCUCUUGAGCCAACAUACAAUAAGCUUGCCAAACAUCUACGAGGUAUUGAGUCUAUUGUUAUAGCGAAGAUGGAUGGAACAACGAAUGAGCACCCCAGGGCAAAAGCAGAUGGAUUUCCCACAAUUCUCUUCUUCCCAGCAGGAAACAAGAGCUUUGAUCCGAUAACUGUAGAUACUGAUCGUACCGUGGUAGCAUUUUACAAAUUCCUUAAGAAACACGCUUCAAUACCUUUUAAGCUCCAAAAACCAGAAUCAACUCCAAAAGCAGAUGCUUCGGCCAGCAAAGAAAGCGUCGAGGGCACUACUUCAGAUGUGAAAGAUGAAUUGUGAGUUUGAGUAAAAGCACAAAUGGAUUUUGAUUAAAAGGACAAAAUGGAUCAAGAUCCGUUUUACAAGUUUUGGGCUUUUGUAUGUCACUGAGUUAAAAAAAGUUAUAGAAUUUUAUAUAAGUUAUGUGCUUUCAUGUGUCAUCAUUGCUUUUGAGUUAGGUAGAAGAGGAAUAGUGAUCCACAUACAUGCAAAGUUCUACAUAGCUAGAGAGGAAAGUGAUCACAUACAUGCAAAGUACUACAUAGAUAGGGAGAAGUCCCUUUUAUGAUCGGUGAACUUCCAUAACCACCAGGAGGGUUAAAAGCAUGUUGUAUCAGCUUACAGGGUUGAACAUUUUAUAUUUUGUUGACAACUCUCCUGAGGAAAAGCUAAUAAAGAGGCUUCUGUUUCUUAUAUUCAA